CAGCAGUAUUUCUGAACUGGUGCAGUGCUGGUUCAUCUCCACUGAUGGUGUGCAGAACAAGGGGGACCUAGAAGACAUACUUCUUCAAAACAAAAUCUCCACGUUAAUAUAUAUUUAAAAAAACGUAAAAAUUCAUCAUCAUGAGUUUAAUUUCCUCCUCCUCACUGAUCCGGCGCUGGGACAACCAUUCCAGCCCCUACCGCCUCUCCCAGAUGUCCUUCACUUCCUCACGGCGGCUGCUGAAGUCUGAGCCAUUGCGCUGCUUGGAGCCAAAUGAGCUAAGUGUGGUGUGUGCAGAGCUGGUGGGACUGAGAGCUCAGGAAAAAGAAGAGUUAGUGGGCCUGAACGACCGCUUUGCCUCGUACAUCGAGAAGGUGCGUCGUUUGGAGCAGCAGAAUCGGAUGCUCAUGGUGCAGCUGGAAGCACUGCAGGGCAUGCAGACUCAGCCAUCUCGGCUGCAGCAGCUGUACAGGCAGGAGGCACAAGAUCUUCGCCAGCAGCUGCACCAUGAGACUCAGGACAAGGAACACAUGGAGGUGAGGAGAGACAAGCUGCAGGAGGAGCAGGAGCAGCUGGAAAAGCGCUGGCAGGAGGAGGUGCGGCACCGUGAGCGGGCCGAGGACGAGCUGCAGCGUGCAAGGGAUGAGGCGGACAGGACAGCACUGUCGAGCUGUGAUGCUGAGGUCAGAGUAAUGUCUUUGGCACAGGAGUUAGCCUUUGUGAAGCAGGUGUUCGCAGAAGAACGGGAGGGGCUGAAGGUGCAGCUGCAGGUGUCUAGUCUCAGCAUGGAGCCAGAUGUGAGCAGACCAGAUCUCUCAGCCGCCCUGAGGGAGAUCCGUGCCCAGUACGAAAGCCUGGCCAGGCGCAACAUGCAAACCGCCGAAACCUGGUACCAGGGGAAAGUGGCCAAUGUGGCACAAGUAGCUGACAAGCAGCAGGAGGCUGUGCGCUUGGUGCGCGAGGAAACGGCCAAGCACCGCCAGCUGCUGCUUGCAUGUUCCACCGAGGUUGAAACUCUGAGGAGUGUCAUCAACUCACUAAAUGCACAGCUCAGAGAACUAGAGGAGACGCAGAGUGAGGAGGUUGCCAAGUAUCAGGAGAGGAUAAGUCAUCUGGAGACGGAUAUUGCUGAGGCUAAAGAGGAGAUGUCGCGCUACUUGAGGGAAUAUCAAGAUCUGCUGAACGUAAAGAUGGCCCUGGACAUUGAAAUUGCAGCAUACAAGCAGCUGCUUGAGGGGGAGGAGAUUCGCCUGACGUACUGCUCUGUGCCUGUUUUGGCGUAAAUCUAGACCUACGAAUCCAACUUCAAAAUCUCCAUCAUUACCCAUUGUUACUCCACCUUUAUGCAUACCAAACCUUCUCUUGACGAUUACCACAAUGUUGUUGCCUAAUAUAAUAGAUAUUAGGAUAUAAGGCUGGCCCCUUUACCCAGGGGUCUUCAAAAUUUUCCCCAAUAAGCCGGAGUGAAUGAAUUUAAGUGCGACCCCAAUUCGGCUGAAAUAAAAGCAUCCACACCGGAUUUUAAUUCUAUGACUUUUAACUGCAUUUUUAGGACUUUUAACUGCAAACUCCAAACUAUCUUGCUUUAACCUUUAACCCUAGGACCCAACCUAACUUUAUGACACUGAACCAUAUUUACAUUACCACCAUCACUGAUUUAAAGAGAAAUGAGCCCUUGUGUUACACAAGAGGUAAACCAGGAUCUUCCCCCUUCUUCUUCACACUUUAAAUGAAACAAAGACACCAUGGAGAAAACACUAUGCUCAGCACUUGCCCAGUCAGAGUUUAAUAUCCUCUUGUUGGUGAAUUAUCACUCCUCAGUUUUUCUUAAAGUGCCAAUCAUGGCUGGUAAUCAAUCCUCUUUGUCUAAACAAUUAGCCAGUUGUUUAUGAAGGUGGAUUCAUUUUAAACCAAUCUUGCAUUAGGCACAAGAAAUGUACUAAGGAAGUGACUUUGUUGUCCUGACCCAAAAUCUAGCAAGAGGAUGUUACUCUGUACACCGACACUGUAAGUGGAGUAAGUAAACCAACUGACUGGUUUGUCAGGCCAUUCAGAGCUGCAGCACUCAUUCGCUUAUUUGCUUACUGUUCAUGUCCCUAGAUAACUUUUAGUCUGCAUCCUAAUAUUGCGAUAAUAUUGAGAUACUGUAUUUUACUUAAUAGAAAUAUCUUAAAUAGAAAGGUUGAACAAUGCUACUGAAGAAUCAUUAGGUAGAAACAUGUGUUCAUCUUUAUAAAAAAAAAAAAACACUACAGCAAUCUAUGUGCUCACAUCUGCUUCUGUUACAUCUGUCCAUCAAUGUGAAACUAAGUCAACUGCUAGUGGGUUAAACAACAAGCAGAGAAGUAAUGGACACCAGUCUCAUUAUGUGCUGAUGUCUGUAAAACAUGCUCUGCUCCUAAAACAAUACCUACUGAAUAAAACCAAUGCAAAACUCA